AUGUCUAGAACCUGGAUGGGGCAACACUUGACGCGCGGAUGUAUCCUCUGCGAGACGCGGGCAGCUGAAGGCCGAUGUGGCCUGAUGGCGGUUACGAGGUUACACACGCUGCUCCUCAUAGCGGUGCUAUUACACUUGGCGGUCACCAGCGCCGCACGGUUCGGCGACCGUCUCGCUCCAAGGAAACCCGCGCCGUACACCCCGCGUAACGCACAAAUCGCGCACAGAUUCGCUCAAAAUGAAGAUAACUUGUACGAUCAAGACUAUAAUGAUCACAUUCUUGCGUUUGAAGAUGACGAGUCGAAAUCGGAAACGGAAGCACCACAUCGCCGCCCCGCGCGGACGGAGGCCCAUCGACUUGAGAUGAGUACAGAGUACUUCGUAAUACCAGAGAGGAUUUCUACACCGUCCACGUCGACUUCGCGCCCAAGAAGCAUUUCUACACACCGUCCCGCCAACACGACGAUCCCAACAGUAAAAAUGGCCACCGCUCUGACUCCCCUGAGAUCAGAGUCAUGGGCAGUUCCCAUUUUAGCAUUUGCAAGUGUCAUCAUGAUAGUUAUCUGUGGCUUCGAGGCAUUCGUUAUUUGGGGAGCAAGUAGGAAGGCACCCAGCCACCGUCAUUUGCUCCUCGGUCAGACAUUACUUUUUGGACUAUUUCUGUGUGCAGGAACUGCUGCGUUAUACGUUGCGUCCCCCACAGCUUUUAUAUGUGGAGCCGUUCGCUUCGGGACUGGAGUGGCUUAUGUGAUCGUGUUUGUGACGUUAUUAGUGAAAUGUGUCUUUUUAUUAAGUUUAAAUGGCGGUGUAUAUCUGCCGGCGGCUUAUCAAGGACUCUUAUUGUUUUUUGCGAUCAUGAUACAAGUUGCCAUCGGGGCGCAAUGGCUCGGGGGUUCGCCGCCUCGAGUUGCGGUCGGUGGACGUUGUGACACCGCGUUAUCAGAUCUACUUCUGUCACUCUGUUACGCUGCGUUCCUGAUAGCCGUUGUGUGCGGAGUUGCGCUACGGUCGCGUGGUAUACGCGACAAUUACCGAGAGGCCACACACAUAGCAGCCGCGAGUGGUGCAACUGCCGCCGUGUGGGUGUGCUGGGUUGCAGCCGCGUUGGGAGCACCAGAACAGCAUAAGGACGCGUGUGUAGCAGCCGGGUUACUCGGCACAUGCACCGUAGUGUUUGCUCUUAUGUUCGCGCCUAAAGGGCGUCGUCUAGCCGCACUGGGUCGUGAAGGCCGUUGGGACGCAGAUCGCGAGGAAGGUCUCAGCUCCCUGGGUGCGGGCGGUUCGGGAUACUCCCCGUCGUUCUUCCACUUCAAACCCGUCAAGUACGGAAUGGUGGCAGCCGCGGCGCCCACAGCGGCCCCCUCUAUUCUCGACCGCAAGGAGCCCCCAUCUCAGCAAGCCGAUCCAUUCGGUAUGUUCGCGGGCUCGCAAUUCCACAGACGCACAAUGUGCCCACCACCGCACUACCCUAUGCACCCACUAACGCACUAUAAUUACAAUUACCCGCCCUAUCACUACAUGCUACCACCAGGCGUGAUGAUGCGAGCGGAGGAGGCCAACGUGUACACGAGCGUGGAGCCGACCUUCAGCAGUAAUCCGAACGUGUUCUUCCAACGUUCGGACCCUUUGCAUGUCGGCAUGAUGUACUGA